AUGGGCAGAAAAUCUAAGAGAAAGGAAGAAGACGAUGAUGAUGAUGACGAUGAUGAUGAAGUAUAUCACGUCGGUAAAAGCAGCUCCUGGGAGCCACCAGAAAAUCUCAAAAGUGGUUGUUCGAGAUUGCUCGAAAGCUUCUGGACGCAUGUCGGCACAGAUGAUAAGGAUUAUCUACCGGGAUAUGUUGUAGAAGCCAAGAAGGAUUGGAUUGAACAGGAAAAGCAAUAUUUUAGGGCAGAAAGUGAGAAAAAGCUUCAGACGGAACCAGACAAAAAAAAAGAGAAACGAAAAUCAAAGAAGCGGAAAAGGGACAAAUCUUCUGAAAGCAGCCCUUCAAUGUCUACCAACAACGCGGAAGAACCGUUCAAGGCCAUCGAAGAUUCUGAAGACGAUAGGCCUUUGACAGAGACAACUAAGAAUAACAAAAUCAAAAUACCUCAAAAGUCAAAAAAAGUAAUCCUCUCGCCUGAACCAGAUGAAACGCCACCGAGCCCAAGACCCAGAAAAAUUCGUAAAAAACAUUCUGCUGGUUCGAAUAUCGACGAUAGGACGGAAGGUAGUAAAUCUGUCCCAAAUUCUCCCAAGAAGUCACCUCCAGGAAGUCGCCCCCAAUCUCCUACUUCAUUAUUUUCGGACAGAUCUUCACCUGAAAUCACACUGGCGUCAACUAUACAACCCAGAACACGAACAACUUCAGUCUCUGUUGCCAAGGCGAAACCUAGAAGUACACGCAAAGUCACAGAUCCGCAAGCAAAAAUCGCCUCUAUGCCCGAGUCUGCUCUUGUUACAAGCAGUGGCAUAACAACAAAACAACGGAUUGCACAGGGUGCCUUAAAUCCUAAAGCACCAAAAGAUCUGGCGCCAUCUCAGUCCACACCCAAACCCCUCAGUCGAGUCCCACAUCUUCUCAAUUUCAAAAAAAUCUCUUCGUCAACAGACUCUGCAACAGUAACAGGUGUACACUCGCCAUCAUUGGAAUCCCCAUCUCUGCAUUCUCCUGCGCAUUCGCCUCAUUCGCCUCAUAUGCUUUCAGGCUCUUUUUCGAGCGUAGCAAAACAGAGUAACGUUUCUAAUUCCAUCGUCGCAAAUCAGCAGGUCGUUCUACCGCAAAGUCGUUCUUUCAGUACCAAUAGCAUCAUGUCUCCUGUCACUAUACCUUCUCCAACUGCACCUAUGUUGGAAGCUGAAAAUUUUCUUCAAAGUAUAAUGCCGUCUAGCUUGGCCGCUCCGCUACGACCUGCGUCAGAGGCCCCGUCAGGACCGAUGCCACCGAAAGCAGUAGUCCCCAAGUCUAGUUUACCUCUGCCGGGGAGGCCACCUAAGUUAUGGUCAUGGUCGGGACCUCUAUAUCUUACUGCCACCUCUUCAUCUAUUUGUGAAGUGAAGCUACAGCAACAGUCACCAACGCAAAGCAAGGCGCUCGGAUUUUCUGUUGCCUUUCAACACAUUGAAGAAAUUCAAGUUUCUUGCUUUUAUGACAUUGCCAACUUUCGCUCAAAUCUAGGUGUUUUCCGUAAUGCCCCUUCGCAGGCUUUGGUCACCUGGCAUGAAGAAAAAGACAAGGGUAAAUUUGGUAUAUUCGCUGACUAUGUGGAAAAGGCUAAAAAGGUUUUUUUAUUGAAUAUCACCCUCGAUAACAAUUGUGUCGGCCAAAUUUUGUUUAUGGCAUACGCUCAUGGCCCCUUUUUGUUUGGCAUGAACCUGCACCCUCAUUACAAACAAGCCAAAUCCCUUGUUGCUGUUGCCUUACCUUAUGCUCUUUCCCUCGACCAGUUGCAACUGGCAACCAAGCUUCCUCCCAGUUUGAUUUCUGCAGGCCAUAGUAUUGACCAAACGAUAUUUUCACAGAAGAAAUCAGUCUUUGCUUUUGAGCAUGGAAUGCGGCUAUUAGGUUUCUCAAGUCAACUAUAUUCAUAUAUUAAGGAACCAUCAGAUCGACGAUACUGUAUUUGGUCGGAAAGACCAUCGGGAAGGUCAUCCGCUCUUGAGACUUACUUUUUGACAAUGAUUUUGGAAAAGACUCGCGCGCCUCGUGUUCAUAAACAGGCAGAAGCCAGACUCGUUUUCGUUCAUGCCGAAGCGCUUUCUAGCCUACACAAGUUUCCCGCAUUCGCCGAACGACGCGCACAGCACAACUACGUUCAGUUCUACCUUUAUGGAUCAAAUUCUGAACUUGGGCCCUAUAUACCCCCCGUCCAAGAGAUUUACCCUUGUGGAGGCAUUGUUACAUUCACUCCUUUUGCUAUGAGAAAUGAUCCUCUUGGUGUUCUUCAAUUGAUCAGGAAAAUCGACCACCACCCACUUUGGUCAGCCUAUAUAGUACCCUCUGCUCUGGGACUUCUUGCAAAGUUAGAAUGUGGCCAAAAUGACCCGCUAUCGGAACUCGGCAAGAAACCACUUAUGUUGGAUAUCAUUUUGGAGACAAUUGAAGAAGGCCAGCUUUCGCUUUUGGAAGCUCUCCCAGAGAAACCCACUGUAACAAAGAUUGUGGUGCAAAAUAAAGAAACAAGGAAAGAAGAAGUCCGAUACUUGCACGACAGAGAGCAGUGGGCAAAAAAAUAUGUUUCGUUUGCUCCUCCUCGACAAUUGGCCGCGUUGGAAGCGGGUGUCAGAGCAUUUUUACAGCACAAAAAUUUAUCGGCCAAAUCGGAAGGAAACGCCUUCAUGACUGUCAUGGACGAAAUUACUAUAACUGACAUGGCGCACAUGCAACGAAAUCCUGCUUUUAUGUCCAGUCAUCGUAGGUUUGUUGUUAUUGACAGCGAUAAACGGACACCACCGCCACAAGAUCCAUAUGUUCAAGGGUUGGAAUGGAUACCUUUAAACAAGUUCAGUUUCAAAGACGACUACUAUCCAAACCAAUCUUCAUAG